AGGAAGAUUUUAGAGUGAAAAUGCCUUCCCUGACAGGCGAAGUAAUCAAUAAAUCCCAAAUCGAUGCGAACGAUGGAAAUCACGCGGAAGGUUAUAAAUAUAACGAUGAAAAUAUGAAUAACACCAAUGAAGGAGCAAUAGACAGCAUUGACAAAAAAGAAUACAUUAAUGUAGUACUUUCAAACAUGGAUAUUGGAAAUGCAAGUAGCGUAGCUCUCAAAAAUUUUAAUGUUGGCACGGAACCAAAACAAGGAGGAGAAGAAGAUGACCUAAUUAACAAAAUAUAUGAUGAAAUGAAUACUGUCGAGCAACCUGGAUCAAUGGAAGGCUAUGGACGAAAUAAGAUGCCAGCUGAUGAAAAUAGAGAGAGUGCAUACUACAACAAAAAUGAUAACGCACAUAACCACUAUCUAAAGCACUUCACUGAUGGCGCAUAUGUUGAUAAAGCAAUAGAUGAAGAUACAACAGAUGAAACUGACUUCAGCUCCGAUGAACUAUCCGAACAGAAGCAUAUUGAAACCGAAAAGGAAAGUUCUAGUAUAUUAACAGACAAACAAGAACGAAAUGAUGUGUUGGAGACUGAAUUUAUUGCCGGAGUAAAGGAAGAUUGUAAGACAGAAGAAUACCCAAUACAAAUGUUGAGGGGACAUGAGGAAUUAGACACAAAUCUUACACCAGAUGAAUCAAAUACUAACGUAGCCGUCCAUACUGGAGGUAUUAACAAUGAAUCAUUAGUGGAAACUGAAGAGACAAACACCUCUCUUGAUACAUUAGAUAGUACAGCACCGCCAGAGAACCUUAACCAGAAGCUCUCCAAUGAAAAUCCAACUGGAGACACUUACCAAGCGGAUUCCGAUCAAACAGUCGAUGAAAUAAUAUACAAAACACCGGAAAACCUAGAAGAAGUCACAGAACAAGUGACCCAAAAAUCUGAAUUCUUUUCAGUUUCAGGUGAGGUGGAUGAAUCUAACGAAGAUUUCCAUGACGUUAACGAUGAUCCGACAUAUAUUACAGAACAGAUAGAGGAGAUGAACAGUAAAAAACUGAGUGCAGGCUCUUUGGUUGAAGUUACCACAACAAUCGAGCUGGAUGAUGCAUUGGAACUUAGACGAGCUGGAGCUAGGCAUUUUGGAAAUAACAAAGACGAAGAAGAUGUAAUUGAGAUAGAAAAUGUAGCAAUUGCAAAAGAACUUAGUGAACAUACCUCAGAACUACUUAAGGAUGGAAGACCAAAAUCAAGCCCGUCAAAAGGGGAAUCGGUAACAUCAUUAAAUCUGUCUGAUAGUAAAAGCCUCCUCGCAGUGGGAACGUUAAGAGGGUCGUUAAUAAUAUUCCAAACAAAGGAUAGAAAUAUCACAAACAAUGGAUAUGGGACACCUUUAAAGCAAAAGAGGCAAGGUUUGACAACAUUGCCCGAUAGCAUUUUAUGGGUAGUGAUGACCAGAAAACCAGCUGUAAGUGUAGAAGCGCAUAUAGGAGCUGUAAAGCACAUAUACAUCAUAGAAAUGCAAGGCAAUAAUGAUGGGUCAGCGAAAAUUGUAACAUCGGGGGAUGACAACAAUAUCAGAUUCUGGAACUUCAGCACUACAAGAGGACCUCCCACCCUAACGCUCAUUGGUGCUCAAUAUGCAGCAGUUGAACCUAUAGCGGUGGUACCAAUAGUCAACAAACACCAAAUAAUACUAGCAAUGGCACAUGGACGAAUUGAUUACUGGGAAAUGUAUGAUAACAAAGACCUCCCAGUUCACAUGACACAAAAAAUGACAAUGAGGCAAACGAAGCAUCAUAUUAAAACACAAUGUGAAAUAUUGAACGUGGAGAUAUCACCGUCGGGGAAAACAUUUGCGGUGGAGUCCACAGCAGGAUGGCUAAUGCUAUAUGACUCCAAUAAAAGAAUUGCCGUAGGAGUAGCAGAUUGCAGAAAUAGAAAGGGGAAAUGGAGAAGAGGGGCUAAUGUAAAUGGUGUACAUUGGAGUAAAAAUGAAAGUUUAAUACUAGUCACCACGGGUGAUAACAGAAUAAGAAUGCUAACAACAAAGCCAUACGAAGAAGAUGAACUACUGGAAUUGGAAAAAUUCAAAGGGCAUAUCAACGAACGUAUGCGACUAAAAGCGGAAUUUAUAGGCAAUAAGGAAGAAUAUGUGAUUUGCCUAUCAGAAGACCAGUCAGUAUGUGUGUGGAAACAUCAUAUCGAUACAAGAAGGUCAUCAUUCAACGAAAUAGAUAUAAAGCCCACAAACGCAGAUUGCAUGAUAUUCAAGUAUGAGGACCAACCAACUAUCAACCAUAUGUGCAUCUUCAACCCGGGAGAGUGGAAGCAGGUUAGACAAAUCAUAAUACAACAACAAAGGCAAUAUGGAGUUGAAGCCAGCAAGCUACCAAUAUCCAAAUGUGGCUGCCUACCGUGGGUUCAACCAUAUACACAUCCUGAAACCACAAAUGUGACGAAUAUUGACACAAAUGACCACAUACUCAUUGCUGCACCCAAGGAUGACAAAACACUACGCUACUCACUUAUAGCAAUAAGCACACUCAAAGCAGCGUUUAGUUAAAAUAUAAAACCAAAA